CUUCCACGUACAAGCAAAGAAACACACGUACACAUGGCCAAAAACGUAAUGCGCGUCGUCGCAAUACUAGCCAUGCCACAACAACUAAUAGUGCUGCUGCUGCUGUUCCAUGCUACGGCGGCGCCGGCGGGUGGGCAGCGGGCGGGGUGCCCGAGCAAGUGCGGCGAGGUAGACAUCCCCUUCCCUUUCGGCGUCGGCGUCGACUGCGCCUUGCCGGGCUUAAACGUCUCAUGCAACCAUAGCUUUGCCCCUCCCAGACCCUACAUCGCCGAUGACAAUGAGUUCAUCGACGUCUCGCUGGAGACCGGGGAGACACGCGUGUACACUCCCGUGCUGCAAAACUGCUUCGACUUGUCCAACACCAGCAGCAGCUCCGACGCAAUCUGGCAGGGGCUCGACCUCACCGGGACGCCGUUCCUUGUGUCGCCGGAGAGGAACGAGUUCACCGCCACCGGCUGCGACGCGCUGGGGCUGAUAUACGGCAGGGAGGACGUGAGCUUCUUCACCGGCUGCGUCACGACGUGCACGAGCUUGGGUACCGCCGCCAACGACGGUGACAACUGCACGGGACUCGGUUGCUGCCAGCUGCAGUCCAUCCCUGGAAACCUUACCUUACUAGGGAUGACGUUGACGGCCAACAUCACCGACACGAAGAUUUCUGCGUGGAACCCCUGCCGUUACGCCUUUAUAACCGAGCGAGACAGGUACAAUUUUAACCGGAAGGAUUUCGGUCGCUCAGGCAACAAGAUAUUUGCAAACCGGGAUGGCGAGAUGGUUGUCCCUACGGUGCUUGACUGGGCCAUCAGGGGAAAUGGGUCAUGCUCGGGGUCGGUAGCUCCUGCCUGCGUCAGCGAGCACAGCUACUGCGCCAAUGCCACUAACGGAGAUGGGUAUCUCUGUAAGUGCUCCACGGGAUACGCCGGCAAUCCCUAUCUCAAAGGCAAUGGUGGAUGCACAAAUAUUGACGAAUGCAAGGAACCAGAUCGUUGUUCUACUGGCAGCAGAUGCCAUGACACAGAGGGCGGUUAUUACUGCAAAUGCCGUUUUCCACGUAGAGGGGAUGGUAAAAUUAAUGGCAAGGGAUGCCACCUUCCCAAAGAUAUAGUCGUGACCCUUGCGACGGUGUGCAUUGUGAUUUUUCUUGUGUUCUUUGUGUGCUGGUAUGAGAGACGGAAGAGAAGAAGGCACUUCAACAACAAUGGUGGCCGGCUGCUCAGUGGUAUGGAAAUCAAGCACUUCUCGAAGAAAGACCUAGACAAGAUGACAAAGAAUAGGACGACGAUGCUCGGAGAGGGUUACUUCGGCAAGGUCUACAUGGGAACCCACAAGAACCAGCUGGUUGCCGUCAAGUACUCCAAGGGAAAGCGCAAGCUGGCACAGAUGACGCAUGGCAAAGACAUCAAGUGCAUGAACAAGAAAAUGUUCCAAAACGCCUUUUGUUGGUCCAAAGUUCCAUCCUCGCCGGAAGAAGAUUCGUCGUCACGAGUGUCCGGCCCGGAGUUAGUGGACGAGCUAAGGGUCCAGUCACUGAUCCAGCACGAAAACGUGGUCACCCUCCUUGGGUGCUGCAUGGAGACGGAGGAACCCACGUUGAUCCUUGAGUUUAUCCCUAACGGGAGCCUCGAGAAAAAGCUCCACAAAGAUAAGCAACACCCUCUCUCGCUGUCGCAACGCCUUGACAUCGCCAUCGGCUCCGCGGAGGCUCUCUCCUACAUACAUUCAUCGUCUGACCACCAAAGCAUUGUUCAUGGAGAUGUCAAGCCAGCCAACAUCCUCCUUGAUGACAAACUGAUCCCUAAGGUCUCUGACUUUGGGUCAGCUGAGCUCACAUUGAAAAUCAAGCUCGUGUGUGGUGACCUGGACUAUAUCGAUCCCGUGUUCCUGCAGACCCGCAAUUUCACGGUGAAGAGCGAUGUCUAUAGCUAUGGGGUAGUUCUCCUAGAGCUCAUCACCCGGAAAAGGGCCAAGUACGACGAUGGGAGAAGCCUCCCAGUAGAAUUUGUGAAACACUACAAAGACAACAACGAAAGGAGGAAGAUGUAUGAUCAGGAUAUGUUGUCGUCUAUGGAUGCACUACUGCAGCCUUACUGCACGGAGUGCCUUGACAGGAUUGCUGCCAUUGCGGUCCGAUGUCUCAAAAACAAGGUGGAGAAGAGACCAACCAUGGCGGAGGUGGUCGAGGAGCUUAAGCAGCUGAGAGAGCAAUUAAGCACACGUAUGUCCUAGCUAAACUGCUGCAACUAAUGCCGGGUGCAGGAAUCCAUCAGCUCGAGUGUACGAAGAUGAAUGUUCUUCUUUGCCUCGUGUUCUUCAGUCUCUCAAUUAGUUGGUCUCUCGUCAAUGGUUUUCCUUUGCCUCUUGUUAAUUUCUCCCCACCCCUGCAAAUAGCAGAUAUAGCGUAUGCUCACAUUAUAGUUUGAGUUUGAGUACGUUGACGCGAUAUGUACUAUUCCACCGUUUCUCUUGUUAUCCGUGUAGUGUUAUGUGGUACUGUGUUGUCUCAGAAAGAAAUGUUGUGGUGCUAUUUUUUCUAUCUUUUUACUAUACCUUUUGUAGCUGCGGUAUCUUAUGUAAUAAUGUAAUUAACGCAAUGUUAAGCUGGACAUGUAUGGUUGCACCCAUGUUGUGAAAUAAUAAAUGACCUCAUAGGCCAUUCUCCAUGCUAA